AUGACAGGCCAGCUGUGCACCGUGCUGUUCGUGCUGGCGCUGCGCGGCCCGCUCUGGCUCCCCGCGCUGCUCUACGGGCUGUGGCUGCUGGCGGACCGGGACACGCCCCGCCGCGGGCGCCCGUGCGCCUGGGUGCGCGCCUGGCCCGUCUGGAACCACUUCCGGGACUACUUCCCCAUCUCGCUGAUCCGCACGGUGCCGCUGGACCCCGGCCGCAAUUAUGUGUUCGGGUUUCCCCACGGCGUUUUGGCCGGAGCCUUCGGGAAUUUCUGCACCGAGGCCACCGGUUCGGGCGCCCUCUUCCAGGGGCUGCGGCAAAAUCACUUGGGGGUUCCCUGCUGGUUUCCGCCUGCGCUCUUCAGGGACUACGCCCUGGCCGGCGGCCUGGUCUCGUCGGAGGCCUCGAGCCUCGAGCACCUCCUGGCCGGGCCCGGUCUCGUCGGCCCGGUCUCAUCGGCCUGGUCUCGCCGGAGGCCUCGAAGCCUCGAGCACCUGCUGGCCGGGCCCGGCGCCUCGCGCGUGUGUCGGCGCUGGGCGGGCCCCGGCGCUUCGAGGCCCGGCGCUGCUGCGGCUGCAGCUGCUGCGCGAGAGGGCUUCGUCAGGAUAGCCCUCAAAUACGGCGCCCCGCUGGUGCCGGUGUUCAGCUUCGGGGAGAACGAGCUGUUCCUGCAGGUGCCCAACCCGCCGGGCUCGCGGCUGCGGCGCCUGCAGGGCCGGCUGCAGCGCCUGCUCGGCGUGGCGCUGCCGCUCUUCCACGCGCGCGGCGUCUUCCAGUACAGCUUCGGCCUGCUGCCCUUCCGCCGGCCCAUCCACACCGUGG